AUGCUCCAGUAUUUAGUGAAACUCACCUUAAAUGUGUUGUGCUUCCACUUUUGGAUCCAUCUCUAGACUUCCAUGUCUGAACCCAAGUCCAUGGAGUCCCUGGGUUCUGGCUGUGGUGUUCCAGCCCAGAGAAGCUCACAGCUGGGUCCAGAGAUGGUCUCAGUGAAGCUGGAGGACUGCAGUCAAACACUGGAACUCAAUGUGAUUGUCAAAGAGGAAUGGGAGGAGAGAGAAGUAAAAGAGGUGGAUGAGAAAGCAGUCAAAGAGGAGGUGGAGGAGGAGAGAGCAGUCAAAGAGGAGGUGGAGGAGAGAGGAGUCAAAGAGGAAGAGGAGAACAGGGAUGUGUCUACUCCAGAUCUAGAGGAAGAGGAGGAAGAAGUAGAUAGUAUCAGUGACCCAGGUAAGUUCAGGUGUGGAGUACGGAGAGAGGUUGGUGCCUUGGCGACCACAGGGGAUUCCCAAACUAUUGUAGUGCUUCUGUUUGCAUCAAAAGUAUUUUAAAGCUCCUUUCAAUGUUCCCUUUCUAAUUCUAACCCCAUAUCUGUCCAUAUUCCCACAGGAGAGAGCUCCAACCCAGGUUCAGACAGCGAUCCCAGUACCACAGCAUCAGGAAACCAUAAACACAGGCAGAGGAACUCAAGACGGAAACAUCACCACUGCAUGGACUGCUUCACUAGUUUCUAUGAGCCAGAGGAGUUGAGAAGGCACACUUGUGGGCCCCACCACUGCUCAGAUUGCAGAGGCAGUUUUAUUUGUCAAAUUCACCUGAAAUCACACCAACAGACUCUCAAAAGAAAGAAAACGUACCCGUGUGGUCAAUGUGGGAAGAGAUUUCAGACACCAAGCAGCUUGAAGAAGCACCAGCUUACACACACAGGAAAGAAGUUGUACCACUGCUUUCAGUGUAGGAAGAGGUUCCGUCGGGUAGACACCUUAAAGUCUCACCAGAGAAUACACACAGG